GAUUUGGCGGUUCUUCGGAGAUAGUGAAAUCUUCGGUCUUCGUUGUGUAAUCUUGUACUCUUCCUUCCUACCACCGUCGCCCCCAAUUCAAUUCAGUUCGGCCUGCUUCCGCCGUAGAGCGACGGAGAGAAGCUGAUGUUGACGCGUAGAAUUCCUUCCGUGGCAGUUUAUCUCCCGCAAGCUCUGCCAUGGCGUCGUGGGCCACCUCAUUCAAUCAAAGCCAGGACGCCGCUUGAAUUCCACUCAUUGCUCUCUUUUUGCCCUAAAACUUGUUUACUUUCGUUUUGUUCUGCUUCUCAGUUCUCCUCCGAAGUUGCUGAACCAACUCAUAUGGAUGAUUCCUCGAAGCGUGGUCCCCUGAAACCUGGGUUAUAUAUCGUUAGCACACCAAUUGGUAAUCUUGAAGAUAUCACCUUACGUGCUCUACGUGUCUUAAAAUCAGCAAACGUCAUUCUUUCGGAGGAUACAAGGCACUCAGGAAAGUUGCUUCAACAUUUCAGUAUUAAAACCCCUCUUUUGAGUUUUCACAAAUUCAAUGAGUCUCAAAGGGAGCAAACAGUGUUGAAGAGGUUAAAAGAGGGUGAAAUUGUUGCACUAAUUAGUGAUGCGGGGACGCCAGGCAUUAGUGAUCCUGGUACUGAGUUGGUAAGACAAUGUGUCAAUGCAAGCAUACCCGUUGUUCCUAUUCCUGGACCCUCUGCUGUCAUUGCUGCUCUUUCUGCCUCUGGCUUGUCGACCGAUGAAUUUACCUUUGUUGGAUUUGUUCCUAAGCAUGCUUCAUCUAGAAGAGAGAGGCUGAUGGUUUCAGCAAAUGAGGAGGCGACGCAAAUAUUCUAUGUUCCUCCGCACAAAGUUAAGCAGUUUCUCGAGGAAACUUCAUCAUUAUUUGGUGAAUCAAGGCAAUGCGUCAUAGCUCGUGAAAUGACCAAGAUACACGAGGAGUUUUGGCGGGGUACCCUGGCGGAAGCUAAAGAAUACUUCUCGUUGCACCAAACGAAGGGUGAAAUUACGCUGCUGAUCGAAGGAAAGCUCAAUUCUGAAGUCGAAACUCCAUCGGAAUCACAGCUGGAAAAGGAGUUGGAAGAAUUGAUCUCCAGUGGGCAUAAGCUUUCUAUGGCUGUCAAAUUGGUCGCUAUCAAAACGUCAGCUAGUAGGAAAACUGUCUAUUCAAUUGCAUUACGAAGAUUCGGGAAUCAGCUUGGAGCGGAGAACGAUUCGUGCAAAUAAUGUCUCUGUAGCAUGCUUGCUAGAGGUGUAAGUGGUUAAUUGCUCAUAUUGAUUUCUCUGGGGUACCAUCUGAAGAACAACUUGCCUUUCCAUAUUCUUCAUUAGCAGCUGUUGCGUCUUGUUCUAAUCGUUUCAUUAGAUAUUGUUCGGGUCGGUAGGAAAAAGAUGUAUGAUUUGUGUUGGAAUAUUGGUUCGUCUAGGAUACGGACAUGGUAGGGACACAUUUAUUAAAAUAUAUGAAGUGUGACACACGUCUGCUGUUCUAACAA